AUGAGUAAAGACUUAGAUAUGCUUAACAGGAUUAGACAUGCUUGGGAUCGAGUGAUUAAGAAAGGAAGAGAGUUGGGGAAAAGAAGUUACACUGUAGAGGGAAGUUAUCACCAAUGGCUUUGUGAGAGAGUGAAAAAGGUCAAGUUGCCAUUUCGUAGCUCGGUUCCAGUUAUUGAAGAAACAAAAAUUCAAGAUCCCAUGAGUUUGGAGGAAAUCGAGGAACUCAAAAAAGAGCUGGAAGAAUCUAAAAACGAAAAAGAAGCAUUGAAGAAGGAAUUGAUACGGACUCACCAAGAACAUAAAGCCUCACAAGAAGAAAUUACAAAAGUAAAGAAGUACGUUGAGUUAGCCAACAAACGAGCAAGAAUAGAAGAAGAACGCAAGUUAAACACUCGAAGUUGUCUAGAGGCUGCUGCUACAGAGCUAAAAUUACAAAGAGGAGAGCGAGAUGAGGCUAGAGUUAAUAGUGAACGGUGGAGAGAGGCAUGGGAAAAGGCCAAGGAAGCUGAAAGAAGUGCACAAAGGCAACUUGAGGAUUUGAAACAAAAAUUGAAAAGGGUUGUGGCUGAGUAUGAAAGUAGAGUCCAAGAUGAAAAACCAGUAAAUGCCAAUCUUGUUUUGCAACAUCAAGCCACACUAAAUGCAAGAAAUCAACAUAUUAUGGAACUAGUAGAGGAAGUGCGGCAAUUGAGGAAUGCUGUUGAAAUACAUGAAGCAAAUCAAAGAUUCUGGGCACGUAACCUCGUGAAUUGA